CACAUCGUCAAAAAAUCUUGGUCUGUGAAGUUCGUGCGGAGGAAAUUCGAUUUGAAAGCCAGCGAAAAUAUGCAAAAUAAAGUGAAAUACCAGUGCCUCGCGGACGAGGAGCGCCCCAGCGGAGCGUCCCGCAGCCAGUAGAGCCCCCAGAGCCGCCCCAAAUCUGGUAAUUUCGCGGCGAAAAGCAGGAGAAGAAGAAGCAGGAGCAGCAGCAGUACAAACAGCAAAAGUGUAGUUGUGAUCGAAAAUCGAAAGUGUGAAGCAUUUUCUAUAAAUAGUGCAAAAUCAAAAUCAAAUUCCCAGUGCAAACAAAAGCGCAAUAAAAACAAUAACAAAACCAGGGAUAUAGCGAACAAUACAACAACGAUACGUACGGUAUAUCUGGAGCGGUCCAUCAAUCUCACAGAGCGCGCGCUCUGCGAAAAAAGCAGGAUUAUCUGAAGGAUCGUCGCAGAAAAGAUCACCAAGAUGUCCUCGCUGGACGCGCGCAACAACUCGGCGAUGAUGAAGCGGGCGGAGCAGCUGAAGCGCUGGGAAGAGUCGGACACCAACCGCGCCGCCCCCACCCCCCGCCACGAGCACGGCCGGCGGAUCAAGUUCAGCUCCGGCUGCGUCUUCCUCGCCGCCUGCCUCUCCGGCGACAAGGACGAGGUCAUCCAGCUCCUGGACCAGGGAGCCGACAUCAACACGGCCAACGUCGACGGACUGACCGCCCUGCAUCAGGCUUGCAUAGACGACAAUCUGGAUAUGGUGGAGUUUCUGGUGGAGCGAGGUGCCGACAUAAACCGACAGGAUAAUGAGGGCUGGACGCCCUUGCAUGCCACUGCCUCCUGCGGCUUUGUGAGCAUAGCUCGGUACUUGGUGGAAAAUGGCGCUGAUGUGGCCGCUGUGAACAGCGAUGGCGAUCUGGCCUUGGACCUGGCCAUCGAUGUUCAACACAUGGCCAUGAUCGACUAUAUGGAGAAGAUGGUGCAGGAGCUGAACAUAAAUGUGGAUGAGGCUCGAAAGGCUGAGGAGCAGGCGAUGCUGAACGAUGCCAAAAAGUGGCUGAGAAGCGAUGCCGCCGAGGUGGACAGACCGCACCCAAAAACAGGAGCCACAGCGCUUCACGUAGCCGCCGCUAAAGGUUAUACGAAAGUUCUGGGCCUGCUCCUGGCCGGUCGUGGCAAUGUGGAUCGCCAGGAUAACGAUGGCUGGACGCCGUUGCAUGCAGCAUCGCAUUGGGGUCAACGGGAAACGGCCGAGAUGCUUGUGGAGUCACUGGCCGACAUGGAUAUACGCAACUAUGCCGGGCAGUCAUGCAUCGAUGUGGCCGAUCGCAAAAUAGUCAAAUUCCUGGAAGAACUGCGUGCCAACAAACGCAACAAGCGGCGACCAUCUAGUCAAAUCAGCAGAAUCUCAGAUACGAUUGAAAAUCACGUGGACAAGACGCCCACCAAACUGGUUCGCGUCGAAGUGAGAACUGAUGCCACAAAGGAUGCUGAGAACGUCAAGCCCAAUCAGCAGAUCCACGUCGCCGAGCAUCCAGUCGAGGAUGAGGCGCCCUGGCGACGCAAGUUGCCACGCACACCAAACGACAGUCCCACUAAUAAUCAAGUUCCUGAUAGAGAGCUCAGCAGCAAUAGCUCGGAAACAGCCAACGACGUCAUUUUGCGACGCACGCAAAGCUUUGAGAACGAUCAAAAGAAACCGAUUGCUACGCCCACCAGUGCGGCAGCCACGGCUAAUACGGCGCUCAAUUCUCCAUCGACAACUGUACAGACCCCACCAAUUCGCAGCCAAGUUACAGCGAAAAUAGCAGAAAAGAGCAAUAAUGGCAGCUCGUCCACGGCCAGUGUCAGCGAUGUGGAGAGCUCGAAGCCACCGCCCAAACAAUCCACGAGCAAUAUGAUCAAAAACUUCUUCAAAUCUUUUGUGCCACCGGUGCGCGAUGAGGAGAGUGAAACGCAGCGAAAGGCACAUGCCAAGCGCGUGAGGGAGACUCGACGGUCCACCCAAGGCGUUACUCUGGACGAGAUCAAGAGUGCCGAGGAGCUGGUCAAGAAGAAGAACAUGGGCAUGGCCAACAACAAUAACAAUAAUAAUAUCAGCACCACCACUACGAACACCAUCAGCAACAGCGGCAACGAAACAAGCUCAGCAGCAUCAUCGACAUCAGCUCCAGCAUCAUCAUCAUCGAACCUCGACAGCGAUGAGCAGCGGGACGAGUCGCAACCGCCACCACCGCCCACCACACCACCGCCAGCCAUAAUACCCACCACAACGACGGCCACCGAUGAGACGGAGAUCGAGGAGGUGAUAGCCAAUCCUCCGGCUGGCCAAAGUCUGAACGAUACCACUGCUAGUUUUACCCUAUCCGCUCCAAUGCGAAGAUCGCUUUCGGGCGAGGCCGAUGCCAAUAGUGAUCCGGAGGGCGAUCAGGAUCAGUCGGUGGUCAGUGCCAGUUAUACGAUAAUGCCCAGGCGGGAUAGGCUUCCUGAAAGCUCAGAGAAUGUGGAGAGUCCGAGAACUCCUCAAAAGACUGACCCAGUUGCCAAAAGCUCCAGCGAAGAGGAACCACCGCUUGCCAGGCCCACGGAUCUGCCGCUGAUUCCAGCUCCUGCUGCCAGCACAGAAGCUAUCAAAUCAUCCUCGGCGGCCACGACGCCCGCAGCCCUCGAGAGUCCAGUGCGCUUGCGGGACAAGCGGGGAUUGUCCGGCAGCCAGGACUCGGAAACCAAGUCCGAUACCGCCUCGCCCGUGACCUCACAUCCGGAUUUCAAUGCCCGUGACUCUCUACUUAGUCUGUACGCCCGACGCACAACGGACAGCAGCGCAGGAGGAGGAAGUGCUGGUGGUGGUGCAGGUGGUGCGAGUGGAGCUGCCUCGUCGUCAACUUCAACUUCUGCAGCAGAACGGCGUCCGUCUUGGCGCCUGAAAUUCGAUGCCGGCUCCAAGUUCAAGCUGGAGGACAUAACCAGCGGGGGCACUUAUCCGCCCAACAACAGCACCAUUAUACCGAGUGCUCCGGCAGUGAUGGCAGCCGUCAAUUUAUCUACUACAACUGGUGUCCAACGGCGCAUCAGCAGCGGUCCUAAUGCACUAAAUGCUUCCAAUCAGUCGCUUAACUCUGUGGGUCGUCCUGUUUCCGCGCCCAGCGAGGGCACAAACAACAGUGCCUAUGUUACGUCCUCAGCUCGCAAAUUCGAAGCGAAUGCUACGUCAGCGGGGGCGAACUCAGCAGCGGCCUCAACUACUAACUCAACCUCCAAUUCAGUGUCUGCAACCAGUGCCAAUCAUGCAGCGGCUACGGCAACGAACGCCACGUCAAACCAUGACGAUAAGGAUAACGACAAGGAGAACGAUAAUCGCACACAGACCGUCAUUCAGAGGCGACGCAAGCCGAAGCGCAGAUCAACAGGCGUGGUGCACAUCGAUAUGGAUGAACUGGAUCCUGAGCGACAGAACGAAUCGUCCAACAACGACAACGAGGAGAAGGAAAAGGAGAGCGCUCCGCGUCCUUCAAAGUAG